AUGCUGCAAAACGCUUGGACAGUCUCACCGGCGGACGCAUUAGCGUUCUACAAGACCAAUCUCGAAACGGGUUUAUCAGCCGAGGAUAUCAAGCGGAAUAGAGAGCUCUACGGCGAGAAUACCCUUCCUGAACCACCCGCAACGUCCCUCUUCACCCUCAUCCUCGCUCAAUUCAAGGAUCAGCUCGUGCUCAUCCUCCUCGGAAGUGCGGUCGUCUCGUUCAUCCUUGCCCUCUUUGAAGACUCUUCCGAGUCUGGUGGAUCAUGGGGAACGGCCUUCGUCGAACCGCUGGUCAUCCUCUUGAUCCUCAUCGCAAAUGCUACCGUGGGAGUCGUGCAAGAGUCGAAUGCUGAGCAGGCUAUCGAUGCUUUGCGCGAGUACUCUCCCGAUGAAGCUCUUGUCCUCCGCUCCUCCCGGCUCACCCGCAUCCCCGCCUCCCAGCUCGUACCCGGCGACGUCAUCUCUGUGCACGUCGGCGACCGCAUCCCCGCCGACUGCCGGAUCAUCGACUUCUCCUCCUCCUCCUUCCGGGUGGACCAGGCCAUGCUCACUGGCGAGUCCAUGUCGGUCGGCAAGUCGGACGGUAUCGUCCGUGACACGGGCGCCGUCAAGCAAGACAUGACCAAUAUGCUCUUCUCCGGCACGACCGUCGUUAACGGCGCUGCGCGCGCCAUCGUUGUCCUUACCGGUUCACGCACAGCCAUCGGCGCGAUCCACACCAGUAUCAGCCGCACAGAUGGCGAAGAGGAGAAGACGCCGCUCAAGCGCAAGCUGGACGAUUUCGGGGACCAGCUCGCCAAGGUCAUUUCGGUCAUUUGUCUCUUGGUGUGGCUGGUCAACAUCCGGCACUUCAACGAUCCCAGUCACCACGGAUGGCUGAAGGGCGCCAUCUACUACUUGAAGAUUGCGGUGGCGCUGGCGGUAGCGGCGAUCCCGGAGGGGUUGGCGGCGGUCAUUACGGCGUGUUUGGCGUUGGGGACUAAAAAGAUGGCGAAGAGGGGUGCGAUUGUUAGGAAUCUACCAAGUGUGGAGACGCUGGGGUGCACGAACGUCAUCUGCUCUGAUAAGACUGGGACCCUCACUACCAACCAGAUGAGUGUGGCGCGGUUCAUGACGUGCGAGAGCGACUCUUCAUUCGCCGAGUACAAGGUCGGCGGUACUACUUUUGCGCCUACUGGAAGCAUCACGACCAUGUCGGACAAGCACGCGGAGAAGAACAUGGUCCGGACCGCGGCUGUCAACAAGCUCGUUGAGAUCUCUGCCGUUUGCAACGAUUCCAAAAUUGCCUACAACAAUGAAACCAACACCUACACCAACCUCGGCGAACCCACCGAAGCGGCCCUCAAAGUCCUGGUCGAAAAGCUCGCGUCUGACCAGGACACUUUCAACUCUUCCCUCUCCUCCCUUGCCCCCCUCCCCCGCUCUACCGCCGUCAAUGACCACUACGACUCGCGCAUCACCCGCCUUCUCACGUUUGAAUUCACGCGUGAUCGGAAAUCCAUGUCUGUCCUCACUCGGUCCGAAACCGGCUCGCACUGCUUGCUCGUCAAGGGCGCACCCGAAUCCGUGCUCGAGCGAUGCAGCCACGUCCUCCUCCCUUCUGGCCCUGCACCCCUGACCGACGCCCUCCGCGCCAACCUCGCCUCCAAGCAGCUCGACUAUGGGUUUGCGGGUCUCCGAACCUUGGCCCUGGCGUACAAGGACGAAUCGGACGGCGAUGUCUCUCACUACAAGACGGACCGGGCCGAGGACUAUAUCAAAUUUGAACAAGAUAUGGUCUUUGUCGGUCUGGUCGGGAUGCUUGACCCGCCCCGGCCCGAAGUCAAGGACGCUAUUGCCAAAUGCCGCAUGGCGGGGAUCCGGACGAUUGUCAUCACGGGUGAUAACAAGAAUACGGCCGAGACGAUUUGUCGCGAGAUUGGGGUAUUUGGGAAGAAUGAGGAUUUGACGGGGAAAUCGUAUACUGGCCGAGAGCUUGAUGCGCUCAGUCAUGAGGAGAAGAUUGCGGCGGUGCAGAGGGCGAGUCUGUUUAGUCGGACGGAACCUACGCACAAGUCUCAGCUUGUGGAUCUGCUUCAAUCCCUCGGUCAAGUUGUCGCUAUGACUGGUGACGGCGUGAAUGACGCCCCGGCGCUCAAAAAGGCGGAUAUCGGAAUUGCCAUGGGCUCGGGAACGGACGUUGCCAAGCUCGCGGCCGACAUGGUCCUCGCCACCGACAAUUUCGCGACCAUUGCCGAGGCUGUCGAGGAAGGACGAGCGAUCUACAACAAUACGAAGCAAUUCAUCCGAUACCUCAUCUCAUCCAAUAUCGGCGAGGUCGUCUCGAUCUUCCUCACUGUCCUUUUGGGCAUGCCCGAGGCGCUCAUCCCCGUCCAACUCCUCUGGGUCAACCUCAUUACCGACGGGUUGCCCGCUACUGCGCUCGGAUUCAACCCGCCCGACCACCAGAUCAUGCGGACGCCGCCACGGAGCAGCCGGGAGCCACUUAUCGGGAAAUGGCUCUUCUUUAGGUAUUGCGUCAUUGGGACGUAUGUCGGCGUGGCGACCGUGGCGGGAUAUGCUUGGUGGUUUGUCAUGUACUCUGGCGGACCCCAGAUCAGCUUCCAUCAAUUGACAAACUUCCACCAAUGCUCAGCCGCCUUCCCCGAGAUCGACUGCUCGAUGUUCACCUCGACCCCCUCGCACCGCGCCACCACCGUCUCCCUCUCCAUCCUCGUCGUCAUUGAAAUGUUCAACGCCUGCAACUCAUUGUCGGAAAACGAAUCCCUCCUCGUCCUUCCCAUCUGGGCCAACCCGUACCUCGUAGCGAGCAUCGCCCUGUCGAUGGCGCUGCACUUUAUGAUCCUCUACGUGCCAUUCUUCAGGUCGCUCUUCCAGAUCACACCGUUGAACUGGGACGAGUGGCAAGCGGUGCUGUUGAUCUCGGCGCCGGUGGUGGUGAUUGAUGAAGUGUUGAAAUGGGUCUCGAAUACGUUUGUUGGUGAAGGGUCGGGGUGGGCAACCUGGACUGAGGGGCGUCAGCGCGUUCUCUGA